UCCUUUUCCCCCCCAGUCUGGGGUUGGGGCUGACCAGAUGGACCUGGAGCUCUCGAGGUGUCUGGAGGCCCAGUGAGCCCCGGACACAGGAGGCCCACGGAGCUGGAGGUGACCCUGAGGCAGCAAGACACCAGAGGAAGGACGUGUGCCCUGCCGACGACUGUGCGGCACCCCAGGCUGGGCUCCUGUUAGGAGGGGGUGGCUGUGCCCAGGCAGCGGCUCAGAGGCAGCUGCUCCAUGAAGAACUGAAGCUGGUCCUGCAGCCGAAGGGAGAGGGGCAGUGGGAACCUGGGGCUCGGGUGACGUCCAGCAGCGCAAUGGAGGUCAGGAGCCGGAGUGCUGAGGAGCUGAGGCGGGCGGAAUUGGUGGAGAUCAUCGUGGAGACGGAGGCACAGACUGGGGUCAGCGGCAUCAACGUAGCCGGCGGCGGGAAGGAAGGAAUCUACAUCCGCGAGCUGCGCGAGGACUCGCCGGCAGCUAGGAGCCUCAGCCUGCAGGAAGGGGACCAGCUGUUGAGCGCCCGCGUGUUCUUUGAGAACUUCAAGUAUGAGGAUGCACUACGCCUGCUGCAAUGCGCCGAGCCUUACAAGGUCUCCUUCUGCCUGAAGCGCACUGUGCCCACCGGAGACCUGGCGCUGCGGCCCGGGACCGUGUCUGGCUACGAGAUAAAGGGCCCGCGGGCCAAGGUGGCCAAGCUGAACAUCCAGAGUCUGUCCCCUGUGAAGAAGAAGAAGAUGGUGAUGCCCGGGGCCCUGGGGGCCCCUGCAGACCUGGCCCCCGUUGACGUCGAAUUCUCCUUCCCCAAGUUCUCCCGUCUGCGUCGGGGCCUCAAAGCUGAGGCUGUCAAGGGUCCUGUCCCAGCCGCCCCCACCCGCCGGCGCCUCCAGCUGCCUCGGCUGCGAGUCCGAGAAGUGGCGGAAGAGGCCCAGGCAGCCCGGCUGGCCGCUGCUGCUCCUCCACCCAGGAAGGCCAAAGCAGAGGCUGAGGUGGCAGCUGGAGCCCGUUUCACAGCCCCCCAGGUGGAGCUGGUUGGGCCCCGACUGCCAGGCGCCGAAGUGGGUGUCCCCCAGAUCCAAGCCCCCAAGGAGGUGGCCCCUGCAGCGGAAGCAGCGACUGGCUUUGCCAUCCAUCUGCCAACUUUUGGGCUAGGAGCUCCGGCUGCACCUGCUGUGGAGCCUGUGGCUGUAGGGAUCCAGGUCCCCCAAGUGGAGCUGCCUACCUUGCCCUCCCUACCCACUCUGCCCACACUACCUUGCCUGGAGACCCGGGAAGGGACUGAGGUGGUGAUGGUGCCCACCCUGGAUGUGGCAGCACCUACUGUGGGGGUGGACCUGGCCUUGCCAGGCGUGGAGGUGGAGGCUCGAGAAGAGGCACCUGAAGUGGCCCUGAAGAUGCCCCGCCUCAGUUUUCCCCGUUUUGGGGCUCGAGCAAAGGAAGUGGCUGAGCUCAAGAUGGCCAAGGGCAGCCCCGAGGCCAGGGUGAAGGGGCCCAGACUUCGAAUGCCCACCUUCGGGCUUUCUCUUCUGGAAUCCCGGCCCACUGCCCCUGAAGCUGCUGUUGAGAGCAAGCUGAAGCUGCCUACCAUCAAGAUGCCCUCUUUUGGCAUUGGGGUCUCGGCACCCGAGGUCAAGGUGCCCAAGGGGCCUGAGGUGAAACUCCCCAAGACCAUUGAAGUCAAGCUCCCGAAAGUGCCCAAAGCAACUCUUCCAGAAGUACAACUCCGAGAAGUGGGGCUCCCAAAAGUGUCAGAGAUGAAACUCCCAAAGGUACCUGAGAUGGCUGUGCCCGAGGUGCAACUUCCAGAGGUGCAGCUGCCGAAAGUCUCUGAGAUGAAAGUCCCGAAGGUGCCUGAGAUGGCUGUGCCUGAGGUGCAUGUCCCGGAAGUGCAGCUGCCGAAAGUCUCAGAGAUGAAGCUCCCAACAGUGCCUGAGAUGGCUGUGCCCGAGGUGCGACUCCCGGAGGUACAGCUGCCGAAAGUCUCAGAGAUGAAGCUCCCGAAGGUGCCCGAGAUGGCCGUGCCUGAUGUGCGACUACCAGAGGUUCAGCUGCCCAAAGUCUCAGAGAUGAAGCUCCCAAAGGUGCCCGAGAUGGCUGUGCCCGAGGUGCGACUCCCGGAGGUGCAGCUGCCGAAAGUCUCAGAGAUGAAGCUCCCAAAGGUGCCCGAGAUGGCUGUGCCCGAGAUGGCUGUGCCCGAUGUGCGACUCCCGGAGGUGCAGCUGCCGAAAGUCUCAGAGAUGAAGCUCCCAAAGGUGCCCGAGAUGGUUGUGCCCGAUGUGCGACUACCAGAGGUUCAGCUGCCGAAAGUCUCAGAGAUGAAGCUGCCGAAGGUGCCUGAGAUGGCCGUGCCCGAUGUACGACUCCCGGAGGUGCAGCUGCCGAAAGUCUCAGAGAUGAAGCUCCUGAAGGUGCCCGAGAUGGUUGUGCCCGAUGUGCGACUCCCGGAGGUGCAGCUGCCGAAAGUCUCAGAGAAGAAGCUCCUGAAGGUGCCCGAGAUGGCUGUACCUGAUGUGCACCUCCCCAAGGUGCAGCUGCCGGAAAUGCAGGUGCCAAAGGUCCCAGAUGUGCAGCUUCCAAAGGCACCUGAGGUGAAGCUGCCCAAGGCUCCCGAGGUACAGCUAAAAGCUGCCAGGGCAGAGAAGGCAGAGGGGGUAGAAUUUGGCUUCAAGAUGCCCAAGAUGACCAUGCCCAAGCUGGGGAGGGCAGGGUCCCCAUCACGAGGCAAGCCAGGUGAGGCAGGGGCUGAGGUCUCAGGGAAGUUUGUGACACUUCCCUGUCUGCAGCCAAAGGUGGACAGCGAGGCUCGUGUGGGCGUCCCCUCUCUCACACUGCCCUCAGUGGAACUAGACCUGCCGAGGGCACUCAGCUUGGAGGGACAGGUACCAGUGGCUGAAGUGGGCAAGGUGGAACGGUCAGAAGGCAAGGUGGAAUGGGUACAGGGCAAGGUGGCAGCAGGGGUCGGGGAAGUGGCCUUCCGGAUGCCCUCUGUUGAGAUCGUCACUCCACAGCUUCCCGCAGUGGAAGGCGAGGAAGGGCGGGUAGAGGUGAUGGAGAUGAAAGUCAAACCCUCUUCCAAGUUCUCCCUGCCCAGAUUUGGACUCUCAGGGCCAAAGGUGGCCAAGGCAGAGGCUGAGGGGACUGGGCGAGCCACCAAGCUGAAGGUGUCCAAGUUUUCCAUCUCACGCCCCAAGGCUCGGGUGGUGACAGAGGCUGAAGCCAAAGGGGCAGGGGAGGCAAGCCUGCUGCCUGCACUUGAUCUGUCCAUCCCGCAGCUCAGCCUGGAUGCCCAUCUGCCCACAGGCAAGGUGGAGGUGGCAGGGGCCGAUGUCAAGCUCAAGGGGCCCAGGUUCGCCCUGCCCAAGUUUGGGGUCAGAGGGCGGGAUACUGAGGAGGGAGAACUAGUGACAGGGGUGGCUGAGUUGGAGGGCAAGGGUUGGGGUUGGGAUGGGAGAGUGAAGAUGCCCAAGCUGAAGAUGCCCUCCUUUGGGCUGGCUCGAGGGAAGGAAGUAGAAAUCCAGGGUGGGCAUGUCAGCCUGGGGGAGAAGCCAGAGCUUCUGGGUGGACAGCUUAAGAUCCCUGAAGUGGAGCUGGUCACCCUGGGGAUCCAAGAAGAAAAGGGGGCCGAGGGGUCUGGAGCCGUCAGUGAAGUACAGCCGUCAGGCCUGCAAGUGUCCACAACCGGGCAGGCAGGCGCUGAGGGCCAGGAGGGGGUGCUAAGGAUGCCCCGGGGCAUCUCCCUGCCCCAGGUGGAGCUGACCAGCUUCGGGGAGUCUGGCCUGGAGGCCACCUCUGGGCAGCAGGCCGAGAGUGCAGCCCCUUCAGCAGAGGGCACAGCAGGCUACAGGGUCCAGGUGCCUCAGGUUACCUUGUCUCUGCCUGGAGCCCAGGUGGCCAGUGGUGAGCUCUUGGUGGGUGAGGGCGUCUUUAAAAUGCCCACUGUGACAGUGCCCCAGCUUGAGCUGGACAUGGGGCUGAGCCGAGAGGCACAGUUAGGGGAGGCAGCCACAGGCGAGGGUGGGCUGAGGCUGAAGAUGCCCACACUGGGGGCCAGAGCUGGUGCCGGGGACAAAGGGCCUGGGGACCAGCCCCCAGGAGCCGAACGUACCUUCCACCUCUCACUGCCUGAUGUGGAGCUCUCACCGCCAGCUGUGGGCAGCCAUGCCGAGUACCAGGUAGUAGAGGGCGAAAGGGACACUGGACACAAGCUCAAGGUGAGGCUGCCCCGGUUCGGCCUGGUGCGGGCCAAGGAGGGGGUUGAGGAGGGCGACAAGGCCAAGAGCCCCAAACUCAGGCUUCCCCGUGUAGGCUUCAGCCAGAGUGAGGCUGUCACUGGGGAAGGCUCCCCCAGCCCGGAGGAUGAAGAUGAAGAAGAGGAGGGUAGUGGGGAAGGGGCCUCUGGGCGCCGAGGUCGCCUCCGGGUCCGCUUGCCCCGUGUGGGCCUGGCUACUUCUUCCAAGGCCUCUCGGGGGCAGGAGGGCGAGGCAGCCUCUAAGUCCCCUGGUGGGGAGAAGUCCCCCAAGUUCCGCUUCCCCAGGGUGUCCCUAAGCCCCAAGGCCCGGAGUGGGAGCAGAGACCGGGAAGAGGGUGGCUUCCGGGUCCGGCUGCCCAGUGUGGGGUUUUCGGAGACAGGGGCUCCAGGCCCCACCAGGAUGGAGGGGGCUCAGGCUGCCGUCAUCUGAAGCCCCUGGGCAGACUCCCCUCCUGUCUUCCCAUCCUGCCCCCUUGUUCUGUGUGUGAGAUAACCAGCACUAACCCUCAGAGGGCCGGGAGGUGGGUGACUGACGGGCAGGGCAGGGGAGGCCUCAUGCCCUGCUCAUUGGCUGGGGGUCUGUAUCUUGCCAUGUGAAUAAAUAAUCCAGAGGUA